CCUAAUAUCUUUUACUUCUUGCCAGCUACCUGCUCUUUGGAUAGGUUUCUUAUGGUGUGGAAGCUGAAGACACGAUGCAGAGCUUACAGAUUUGUGGGCCAUGUGGAAGCAGUGACCAGUGUAGAGUUCUCACCAGAUGGGCAGCUACUGGCUUCAUCUUCUCAAGAUCGUACUGUCAGACUAUGGGUUCCUUGCAUUCAUGGAGAAUCAUCAGUAUUGAAAGGUCAUACAGCAUCUGUUCGUAGUGUGAGCUUCUCCCAUGAUGGCUGCUCUCUAGUUUCAGCAUCCAAUGAUAAAUCAAUAAAAAUAUGGAGUGUUUGCAGUCAGCGCCUUUUGUUUACCCUGUUCCAACACACUCAUUGGGUUCUCUGUGCCAAAUUUUCACCUGACGGAAGAAUAAUAGCAUCUUGCAGUGAGGAUAAAUCUGUUAAGAUCUGGGAUACAAGAAAUAAAACUUGUAUUAAUAGCUUCUCAGAUUAUGAAGGAUUUGUAAAUUUUGUGGAUUUCAACCCAAGUGGAACGUGUAUAGUUUCUGCAGGUUCCAAUCAUACAGUGAAACUGUGGGAUAUUCGAAUAAACAAGCUACUGCAGCAUUUCAAAGUUCACAGAGCAGGGGUUAACUGUGUAUCAUUCCAUCCUUCUGGUAACUACCUCAUCACUGCUUCUACUGAUGGUACCCUUAAGAUUCUGGACCUCUUAGAAGAAAGACUUAUUUACACUCUCCAUGGACACAAGGGACCUGUACUUUCUGUGGCUUUUUCAAAAGGUGGUGAAAAAUUUGCCUCAGGUGGAGCAGAUGCUCAGGUAUUACUAUGGAAAACCAACUUUGAUUCUUUUGAUUAUAAAGAAGUUCUUAAACACAAUUUUAGAAGAACACAUAUUGAUGAACCUCCUCAUCUUCUUGAUAUUUACCCGAGAUCACCUCAUCUCCAUGAUGAAAAACUUCAGUCAGUUGAGGUUGACCCUACAUAUGAUGUAACUGAUAUGCAAACACCUGAUCCACCUGUCAUAGAGAUUAGAACCUCUUCAUCUUUCAGUACUCUGGGUGAUGGCAAAACUGAAGCGCUGCACCGGCCCCCUGCUUCAGUCUUGGCAAGAAGUUCAAAAAGGAAAUCAGAGAAUGAGAGCAGAUCAGCUGUGCAUAACGAAGACAAGCAAACAGGCAUCUCCCCCUCCCUGGACAGUGCUUUGGAGCACAUUGUGGGACAGCUGGAUGUGUUAACUCUAACAGUUUCAGUCUUGGAACACCGUCUGACUUCAGCUGAAGAUAAAUUGAAAGAAUGCUUAGAAGAUCAGCAAGUAUUACUUCAGGGAAGACAGGACAAAUAAAAGCUGAAAGUUAACUAUAUUGGUGAAUAUGUUUCUGCAUUGGAUUUUACUAUAAGCAAAAGCAUCAAAUCAAUGUAAUAAAAACUGAAGAAAUUAAAAAAAGAAAAUUUUUAAACAGUCGUGGCAAGCAGAUAUUCUGCUUAUAUAUUUAAUGGAGUGUAGCACAAUCAAAAUGUAAUAUUUUCUAAAAUCAUUUCCAUUGACUGUUACAGGACUCUUAUUUCAACCUAACAAGAUCUUUGAAUAUAACUAAGCCACUAACUACAUAUUUUUAGAUGAAUAGCAGUUGUUAUGGAAGUCCACUAUGCAGGUUUUUAAACUUGGGCAAGGGUUGUGAAAAUAAUGUUCUUUGUGCUAAGGCAACAUUACUCAAGCACCUAAAUUAAAUAAGACCUAACUCAAAAAAUGCCAGAGGUUUUCUUUGUCCCGUUACAUACUCUCAAGUAUUUUACAAAAAAAUAGCGAGUUAUUCUAUAUCUUCUAAACAUUUUAGUAAUGAUUGCAAGAAGAGGUAGUAUGAAAACUUCUAGUCACAAAUAUGAAAAUUCAGUCACCUAAACUCUGAAGCAUCUGUGUGAAUUCAGCUGCAAAACUGAUGCAUUCUACUUAUCUCAUUCCCAUCAAAAGUAAUUUUUCAUAUUUAGAAAAAUCAAAAUCAACUUCAUACUUCUGAAGAAUCUAUUUGAAUCAUACACAAAAUCAUAAAAAAUCUAGGUCAUAACUACAAUAGAUUCUUGCCCUACAAGAAAGUCCACAUAUGCUCAAGCUUUGCAUGCUAUGAGUGUCCCCCAUCAGGUAAUGCAUUAUGAACGCAGAUAGAAGUCAGGAAAGACUUCUCAGUGUAUGUUGAUUUGGGUUUUAUUUUUAAUAAACAUGCAAAUCUUAGAUGAUUCUAGGUUUAUUUUUUUAAUGGAAAACAUUUAAUUUUCUUAUGUCUAUGUAUUAUUUUUUUAAAUGGCAAUUGCAGAACACGUGUUGUAAAUCCGUAGUCAAAACUAGGUAGUCAUCCAAUUUCUGCACCUUCACAUGUAUGUUGAAAAAUGGGACAGUUUAAAUGGGGGGAAUAUUUUAAUCCAAUUCUGCAACUGACUGUAUAUAGAUAAAGCUCAUUUCCCAGGCUGAACCUCAUUAACAUCAAUGGAGUUCAGCUUAGGUACAGAAGUUCCCUGUGCAAAUACUAUUGCAGUUCACACCACAGAAAUGUGCAGUCAAUUUUUCUUGUAUAACUUUUCAUUUUUUUUCUUAGUAACCACCUUCAGAUAACCAGACAUCACCUCACUUUCUUGGUAAACUCUGAAUUUUACCAACAGGUGCUACAUAUUUUCAGCUCAGUCAUAAGUACUACUGUUUAUGGCAAACAAGCAGUUUCUUAUAAAAAUUUUGGGUGCAAUUAUUUUUAUGCAGCAUUCUAGCCACAGAUUAUUUGUGAAAGAAUGAUCUUAUAUAUUUCAGCCUGACCUUUGAUUAUGCAAUUUUUUAUAAUACUGUAUAACACACAGUUAUGUAAAUGCUGUCUUUUAGAUCAAAUGUACUUUGCAUUUUGCAUUUGCAAAUACUCUUGUAGUCCUUUCCUGUUCUUGUCUCCAUUAGAAGACACAAAACCAUGUAGCUAUUAAAUUCUUUUGCUUGUUUCUUUUUCAUAGUGGACUAUGUAUAUGUUUUAAAUCUGUAGAGGUUUUUUUUUAAGGUUUUUCAGGAUUAUUUAUCAACCAGAUUUGGAUAUUUGUUUUACUUCUGUAUUUUUUAAUAAAAUCUCUGCUGAAAUUUUCUUUUCUGCCUUAGCUCCUAUCACUGUUCUUUCUUCCUUUUCAGUACCUGGGAUGUUCUCUGGAGCAUUCAGUACCUGAAUGUUCUCUGGAGCAUUCACUACUUAAUCCAGUUUAUUCCUCUGCUGUUUGUGAAUCUGGUGAACUAACAUAACAGUUCGAAAUUAAGACAUAUUCUUGUCAUUCUAUCGGACAGUCUGUUGAUUUUGGAACUCAACAUGCAUGACACUUGUGAUUUGUGUAUAACUAGUCAUGGUUGGUUGAGAACAGGACAGAUAUAUUUUCCUCAAGCUAUGAUGGCUCUCCUAAAACACAGCCACAAACAGCAAACAUGACAUUUCUUUUAAAGAAACACUGAUGUGGGCUAGUUACCUUGUUCUCUUGAUCCAUAUAAUUUCAAAUAAAGUUACAGAAUAGAAAAGCUUCCUUUAAAAGCACCUGAAGAGGCUGGUUGAACUCUCAGAAGCACUUACUCUGGGGUUUGUACUCUGUCAAAUAACUGGUGACUUGACUAAUUUGAAUUAUAAAACCAGAAGAAAAUGA